CUGCAGCGUAGCCCCAUGCCACCCGGAGGGGUCGACACCUCCGUGCAAGCAGCCUGUGAGAACAGAGGAGGCCUUAAGUCAGGAGCUGUGGGGCAGGUUUUAUUUUGGGCAGGAAUCGGUCUCCCCCCUCCCUCACUAGGAUGGGAAGAGUCCAAGCAAGGAUGCACCGACAGGUUUUUACAUACGCGGAGCCGGGAGCGGCGAGCUGCAGCCUUUAACCAUCCAGUAGCACUCGGCAGGAGAACCUUUACGUUAAUGCGUUGGGACGCUCUCCCAUCAGCUGUACUGGAAGGCAGAUACAAAAGAACGCCACUGGAAGAACGCCUGUGUCCCUGUGGUGAUGGGAAAAUAGAAUCACUAGAACAUGACAUCUUCGACUGCAAAAUACAUAUGCAACUUCGAGAAGUUUACAUAAGGCCUAUACUUUCUGCCCAUCCAGAUCAGACUAGGAAGAGUGUGCCCUAGAAAGACAGGAUGCAGACAAGAGGGACAAGUGAAGAAAGGUUCAACAACCUCCCUUACCCACCCCCAUCAACCCCUCCCCUGUGCUACAUGUGGACUGAGCAAAACUGCAUUUAAAUACAAGGGGGUUAAAAUGCUGAUUACUGUAACACCAUCCCAUGAGCCAGCCUCUUUUCAUCUGCAGGCACCACCUCCUCCUAUUCUACCAAAGCCAGGAAAAGACAAUCUUAAGCUUCAGAGACUCUUGAAAAAAGCAGCAAAGAAGAAAGUAGCCUUAUCAGCGCAGCAAGCCACAUCAUUUCGAUCUAGCUUGUCCCCUGUGAGUGAAGCCAGCCCAGACUUAGAGCACAAUGAACGCUCCUCCUCUCUAAAGCCUACAGAAACUACCACACACCUCACCAUCAACCUCCCACCCCGCUUUUCCAUCAGACCUGUUACCCACCAUGUGUCUUCUCCCUUUCCUAAAGGAAAACCCUUUACAUUCAGUGUCACAGAGCAGAGAAGCCUUUCAGAGCAUCUCAAAGUCACUGCCUUCCCUGCCGUAUCACCAGUCCAGAGACCGAGCUCUGCUGAGCCCUCAUGGCCACUCAGAGGGCAGCCUCAGUCAGACAUGCACACACAACAGUCCCCUUCAAGUGCUGUGCAUUCUGUGCUUGUUUCUCCUGAACCUCCUCUUCAUCCUACAUCCAUGGUGGAGACCCCUGUGGUGGUUUCUCACAUUGCUGAAACCCAUGCUUCUAUUCAUGGUCAGCAACCAGCAAGCCUCCAGUUACAACAAUCAACUAAAUAUCCUGCUAGUGAAGAUAGACACCCAUUUCCUCAUUUGCAGGUACACCAAGAAGAUCCACCAAGCCAGAUUCCAGCUGCACAUGUUGCAAGCCAGGCAAGACCAAUCACUCCUAAGUCUGAAACUUCUUCAGCCCCCAAAUCUCCUACUAGAACAACAGUUGCAAUACUGCAUGUUUCCAAGCAGCAAGUGGUGGUCACGUCCCCUUCUCCUCAGUUCAGUACGCCUUUGAUGCCAGGAAGUGACAGAGGCCCUGAACCACACAAUGAGUUCCAGAGACAUGCAAGACCCAGUGAAACGCAAAAGCACAUCAUGUCAGAGACAGCCAUGCCUGCCCCAUCAACAGCCAGUACUCCUGCUCUCUUGCCAGAAGCUAGGAGUGAACAAAGGUUAUCACCAACAGUUACUUCCCAGAGUACCAUACCAAAGCCCAAGCCAACAUUGCCACCCAGAAAUAAGCUUAGUGGCUGGUCUCGUCUCAAGAAGCACUUGAUAAUAGAAUCUGAAGAGCCCCAGUUUCCAGUUUCAGAAACCAAGCCAACCAAGCCUGAACAAGAGGGAGUAAAGAUAACACAAGGCUCUCAAGCUGACACUGGUCAGGACAAGAGGAUAAUCAAGUCAAGAGCUAUCAAAAUGUGGGAUGCCAUCUUAUACCAGAUGACAACCAGCAAAGCUAAAAAGCAGCAUGGAGAUGAAAAGGAAAUCAGGAGAGAGGGAGCGUUCCCAUUUCGGCGUCGCUUACCCCUUUUACUCCACAGGCCACGGUUUGAUGCACGGAAGCUUAAAGAGCUGGCUUCCAAACCCAUGACAAAGAUUACUACUCUGUUUGAGGUACGCCGAAUCCAGUGCAAAGCACCUGAGGGAUUGCUAUUGCAUUAACAGGACUCUAUCUGUGUUGGAGAUGAAGGAAAGUGAUGAACACUUCCUCGUCUUUUAAAGUUUCUUUUUGGAGGAUCUAAGAUGAUUGCAAGAUUUACUGCAACAGAAUCAUUUUCAAGAAAAAAAAUAAAAAACCCUUCAAGGGACCUCUCUGUGUACCUAGAAACAUGCAUGCAUGAUUUAAGAGUGAGAGAGGCACCUGAGGGGAAAGAUGUUCA